AUGGAAAUUGCUUUGGAAUAUGCCAAAGGAAACUCACUAGGCUCUUACAAUCUACUUCCUGAUUACCUCCAUAAACUAGCAGAAGAAAACCCUGGAACCCUAGCCGAGAUUGAAACUGAAUACAACGAGAACAUAGGAAACAGGUUUAAAUACAUGUUUCUAGCUAUGGGUGCUUCUAUUAUGGGAUUUGAGCACAUGAGAAAAGUUGUAGUUGUCGAUGGAACCCAUUUGAGAGGAAAAUAUGCUGGGUGUCUUCUAACUGCAUCUGCCCAAGACGGCAAUUACCAAGUGUUUCCACUAGCCAUUGCUAUCAUCGACAGAGAAAAUGAUAACUCAUUGGCCAAGGCUUAUCCAGAAGCAAAACACUGUGCAUGCAUCCUUCAUUUAAAGAGAAAUAUCAAGACUUAUUCCAAAGAUAAGAAUCUAGGAUUCUUGGUUGCAAAAGCUGGAAGGGCAUAUAGGUUGGCUGACUUCUACAAGAUUUUCAAUGAGAUAAAACAUGUCAAUGCCUCUUGUGCAUAUUAUCUAAUUGGAAUAGGAUUUGAGCAUUGGGCACAUUCCCAUUUCCCCGGACGUCGUUACAAUAUUAUGACGAGUAACAUUGCAGAAUCAUGGAAUGCAGUGCUUCGUGAGGCCAGAGAAUACCCUAUGUUGGCCCUUGUAGAAUUUAUUAGGGCAAAGCUAAUGUCUUGGUUUUCUACUAGGGGCUCAACAAUCUCAGCAAGUUUAGACAAUUUCACACCGAAAGUAAUGGAAAUUCUCGUAGUUAAUUUCGAGUCUUCGGCAGGUUUCGAAGUGAAGAAAAUAAAACACUUGGAGUAUGAAGUACGGAACAAGGAAGAGUGUUCUUUCCACGUCGACAUUUCCAAACGAUUUUGUUGUUGUUUUGAGUUUCAACUCCUCGAAAUUCCUUGUCAACAUGCAAUAGCAGCGGCCAUCGUAGCCAAGGUAAAAGUCGAUUCAUUGGUAGCUGAAGAGUACACCCAGAAUGCAAUGGUUGCUGCCUAUGUGGGCAGUGUCGCUCCAGUGAUUCAUACCGAUAAUAUCAUAGAACUCACUGGUCAAUUGUCAGAGUUAGAUAUGCUUCCACCAUCUAGCAGGCGUCCCCCUGGCCGUCCACGUAAGAAACGUUUCCUAUCUCGUGGCGAAGUUCGUAUGAAGACACCAAGAAGACAUACUGUAUGUAGUCGUUGCAAAGGUUGUGGUCACAAUCGUGCAACAUGCAAAACCCCUAUCAGUUAA